UGAUCUAGAAGUUUAAAGAGGACAAGCUAAUGAGACUUCCAGGUAGUGAGCUAUAUUCCUCCGCUCUGAGUUCCUGCUUCACUACUCACACACAGCAGAGUGAGGCAGCCGAAUGUUACCCGGAUGGAACUGUCAUGGCCGCCGUCUCUGACCUGCCAGUCUAAAGAGGAAAGAAAGGAUCCGUUAUAAGACAUGGAGGCUACUCCAGAUGACCCACCAAACAGCCAUGACAAGAACGGUGAUGUUGAGAAAGAUGCUUCAGUCAGUGCAUUGUUACCAUCAAAGGAACCUGCAAAUCAGACAGAAGACUCUGCAUAUAAUGACCUUUGUGUCCAAGAUCAAACACAGUCUGGUGAAUCAGGUACUGAUAACUCUCACGCUGAGAGCAAGGCCUCAGAGAAAUCACCAUGUAAGCUCCAACAGGGUGCUAUUUUCUCUGGGAAAAUACUCAGUUUUUGCUGCUCUGAAUGCAAAGGUGAUGCCACUUACAGCCCAAAUGACUUGUUGAAGCAUUUUCAAGGCGCUCACAAAGGAACACUUCCAACAUAUCCUUGCGACCUUUGUACAUUCGUCACCAACGAGUUCUCGUCUCUCCAGCGACAUCGCAUUGGACAUCGAGACACUUUGGUCACUUGUGAGAUCUGCAAUGAUGGAGUGCAGUAUUCUCUAUUGUUGCUCACCAGGCAUUUCAUUAUGUGCCACAGCUGUAAUGGACUGUUUCACUGUAAGAAAUGUGACUUUUCGACCAGAGAUGCUGGCACUUUUGUCCAGCACAUUCAUCAUCACAAUGAAGGCAGCCACAAAUGUGUAAAGUGUCCAUCCAUGAGUUCCACACAAGGGAAGCUAAACUCUGGAAAACUCCAUUCUGGGACAUUCCCUUUUACUUGUCAGCUGUGUGGUUAUGGUGCUGCACGGAGGGAGUAUCUAAGUAAGCAUAUGGUUGUGGCUCAUGGAGAAGAAGUGGAUAGAACAAACAGAUGGAGAUCAGUCGAGGACAAUUCUAGAGUAAAUUCUCCAGGACUGAAGCUGCUGCUUAAAAAGAGUCCUCCUGCUGGAGGAACCAGAGAACCACAGUGGAUGUCAAAGCUGAAUUCUUACCCUGGGGUAGGGCUGCUUGACCACAGUGGCCGAUUGUUUAAUCCUGAAAAAACUUUGGAGGAAACACAGCAGUUUCUUGAAAGAGCUGUUGGCGUGAAGAAAGAGAGUAACAAGUGGUGUAAAGGUCCACUAAAGAGUGAGCCACAGUCAUCUUAUCCAGUCACAUCUACUACAACACAGCCAAAGAUACAAGAACAUGAACUCAGUGCUGGAUCUGGAAUUCUAGAUCCUGGCAACAGCAAUGGGUUGACUGUUCUCAUGGUCAAAAACAAAAUCUCAAUUCCCCCAAACUGUACCACAAAAGUAAUGGGCUUUAAGAUGGUAGAUGGUAAAAAGCAUUUAGUUUUAAAAGUUAUACCAACAAAACAGGAACCUACUACCAAAAAUGAAAUGUCACCAAUAAAUAUUGUUGAAGAUAAUGAAAAAAGUGAUAGCUCCCCCUACUCCUCACUGUCUGAAAAAUCAGGAUCUCUUCUCAGUUUAGAUUCUGGGACAAAGAAAGAUGUAUCCUCCCCAGUAAAAACAGAGGCACAUGAUGUAGAAAAUCACUGCGGGGACCAGUCACCUUUGUUAAAUGAGCAUGAAGCAAAUGUGGACCCAAUUUCAACCCAGGCAGAUAAUGAAGUCCUUGAAAUAUCUGGUAUACCUCUUACCAAGGCAUCAGUUUCACAUUGUACUGAUUCAUACACAAUAAACAAAGAGGCAGAUUUUUCUGGUUUGGAUUCAGAAAAGAAGUUAUUACAUCAUGAUUGUGACCAUUGUCCACUUCAGUCUGUUUCUGAGGUGUCCAAAUCUACACAUGCCACCCCUUACCCAGCUGAGAUAUUGCACAUUGACCAAACCAAAGUAAAAGGAGCUCAGUUAGAAGAGCUUACUAAACACACCACAGAUUUAGAUUCCUGUACCGAAAAUCUCACAUCAUCAAAAUCAAGUGCAGAUGAUUGUACUUUUUCUGAGAUUCCAGCCCCCACUCAUACAAGUGGUGCCACGCUGUCAUCACUGGUUAAUGAGUUCACUACUCCUCCUGUUUCAAUUGAAUCUAAUGGUAAUUUAGUGCUGAGUGACACUAUGGAAUUGACUGAAGGCCAUGGUGCAGAGCAGAGUUCACCUAAAACUGUAUCCCCUGGUUUAGCUGAUGAAGAGAAAGAGACCUCUGUUGAUCACGGAGGUGAGACUUCAUUAUCGGAGAAUGCAGCAACUCCAACCCCCCCCUUUCCUAAUUUAUUAAAUGGUGAGACCUUUCAGCCAAGUUCAGUCACCGAUUUCUCUCCCAGAAAGAAGCCACGCACAGAUAAUCCCUUAGAUUCCAAUCGAAGCCCACAGAAUAAAACAAGUCUGAAUGGUUCCCCUGAUGCCAAAGAUUGUGGGUCAGAAGCUGACACUGUUUUGCAGAAUUCCCCAAAUCAAGAGGUUUUUAGUUUUCACAAUUACUCUAAAGAGUCUUUUGGCAGUUCACCUGAUUUCCUGGAUGUCGAUGAACAUUCCCAUGAGGACUUGGAGGAAGACGAGUGUGAAGAAGAGUUUGAUGAACACAAGCUGGCUUCAGAUUGGAGUUUAACACUACCUGCCUCUCCACCCCUUGUGGAUGAACAGUCUGAAGAAUGUGUAGGAAGUGGGGAAGAAAGCAAUUCAGGUGUUCAUGAUACAGUUUCCGCCAGUGAGAGUAAAUCAUUGGAACGAGUGUCUGAUAGCGACAUAGAGGUUGAUGAGUGCGUAGCUACUGUUGAUGAUUUACCCAUUCCAAUGACGCUAGAGUCUGACAAGGGAGCAUGUUUGUUAGAUUCAGAAAAGAGAAAAGAUGAUGAUUUUAUGUCUUCUAUGGUAGAUGGUGGUUCCACAGCUUUGAGUAAUGCUGCUGUUUUGGGCAAGAUACUUGAAGAGCAUUCAGAUGCUAUCAUCAGUCAGCAGCUUGAGAAAGAACGGAUGGUAUCCUCAACUGUGUUGCAGGAAACUAAUCGCCCUACAAAAACAACUCUUCGGAUCCUGCAGAUGCCUGAGGGAAAGAAGCAGAUGUUUCUUCAGACUGCCGAGACUCCAUAUGCUGUGCCUGUCCAGCUCACAAGUGGCCAAGGCUUCAAGCUUAUUACAAAGUCCUGUGCUUCCAAAGUUAAUGUGUCAUAUGUUAAGCCAGGAAUUGAAAUUCCCAGUAAAGGUUCAGGGUUGUCUCUCACGCUUAAUGGAGGCAGAAUUGGGAUGUCGGCUCAAGGGUUAAGUGAAGAGGGCAAAGGUCAUGCAUCACUUCUACAAACGGUGAGCAAUGGAGGCCGCUAUUUUGUCAGUGCUUCUGCCCUAAAAGGGCCUCUUCUCUUAUCAGGUACUGUUAAGUCACCCACAGAACAGACGAUAAACAACGCACAACCUAUGUGUUAUUUAGUUCAACGACCACUUCCUGUUUCCCCAAGUACUGAGUCAACUGGUUCAACAUCAAAGACCGUCCUGACAACACGGCCGGUAUUGGCUAUGCCUGUGAAAUCGUCUGAAAAGGCAGCUCCAUUGCAAACUGGUCGACAAGCAUACUUGGUUAGGUAUAUCUCGCCAGCUAAAUCAGGGAUACUGUUAAAUAGUUCAAAUGAGAAGGGAACAAACCAGGGAAGCCAAGCAAAUGAGGGAGGAAAAAGCAGGGUUUUCCUUAAAAUUGUUCGAAGUCCCAAUGGGACCAAGUUCCUCUCCCCUACCCCAUACACAUCAGGCAAAAAGCCACUUUAUGUGGCCACAAAUUCUAAACAGUCACCUUACCUAUUUAUGUCUUCAGAUUGGUCAGCAGGACUGAAAACUUCUAAUAGUGCUCACAGGCCCUCUCAAAAAUUAAUUUCAGCAAAGAUUAGAAGCAUUUUACCCCAGUCAGAUAGCCACAGUCCAAACCAAGUUGAGGAUGGCUUAGUAGUACAGAAAUCAUUUUUGCCCAUCCAUGCCCGUCCACGGAGCCAACGGAAGAGAAGAAGAAGGAUCUUGUUUGAGGAAUCCAUUGAGAUCUCUUCUAAAACUAGAAAAAUGUCAAGCAAGGCCCUUGCUCAAAAAGAGGUCCCCUCAUCGUGUGAGCCACUGGCAAAAGAUGUUGAGAGAACACUUAGACUUUCUCCCUUCAGCGCAUUUCAGCAGAUCAAAUACCCUCGUCAAAACCAGCCUGUAGUGGUGCUAAACCACCCCGAUGCUGAUAUUCCUGAGGUGACAAACAUUAUGAGGUCGGUUAAUAGAUACAAAGGUGAGAUUGUCAAGGUGGCAUUGUGUGAGGACACAGUCAGAGCCCUUUCUGAGUGGAGCUUCAUUGGCCAAGAUGGUACACAGUCAGACACUCCUGGUAUCAGUACAGGGUCAAGAGUCCGGCCAUCAGGGAACAAUGUUAAAGAGCGUUUUAUUUUAAGACUGAAGUUAAAAAAGACAAAAAGAAACAAAUAUGAGGUAGUGAGGUUCUCCUCCAGCACAGGUUCAGACCAAAUCCCAACAUUUAGUUGUUGGUUUUGUGGCCGAGUGUUUAACAACCAAGAAGAGUGGAUUGGCCAUGGACAGCGGCAUCUGAUGGAAGCUACAAGAGACUGGAAUCAGCUGUUCUAACCACGUAGCACCUGGAUUUUUGUCAAAAAAACGUCCUCUAAUGUAGAUUUCUUUUUUCUUUUUUUUUCUUUUUAAAAGAAAAAUAGUACCGUUAAAUGUACUUAAGCUGUCUAUUUUUUCCAUAGAUAUCCAUUCAGAAGAUUUUUUUUUUAAAUGGAUAGUGUAAUAGAAGAACGUUUGGUACUAGAUACCAAUUUGUAUGUAAAUAGUUUAAAUCUAUGUAUAUUUAACUCUAGACCUUUGUGUAUGUACAUAAUUGGAACUGUGAAAACUAGACACACUGUAUGUUCAUACAUGCAAGCAAAAAGAUCACUGGUAUGAAAGGAAGGUGCUGUCUGUAACAGACCUAUUUCAAUGCAGUCAGUUAACAGAUUUCUCAGGUAAUUUCAGAAUCCAGUUUAUAAAGAGAUCUUUUAUGUUGGCUCCGACACCAUCUGAAAAGGGUUUUGUUUUGUGUUGUUUUUUUCAAAUCAUGGUGUGUUUUAAGUUGGCUGCAGACGUUAACCAUUAGUAGAGGUCAUAGAGCUUAUUACUUUAUUAAUGUUUUUAAAAAAUUUCUUACUUAUAAGGAUGUCCCUUUUAAAAGCAAAUUAUGUAAAUGUUCAUUAUGAACACUGGUCAGUUGAUGUAGCUGUAAAAAUAUUAGUGCAAAAGUGAUAUAGAAACAAACUUUUAGGUUCCUGUGGAAGCUGUAUUUUCAUACACUGUAUAUGUGUAUCUAUAUUUUAUGUUUGUUUGUUUUACUGGUGCUAUCCCAUAUUUUGUUAACAUGUUCAGACUGACCCAGUGUCAUUUUUCGUAGCAAUAAUACAUUUCACCAUAGUUUUAAACAUCAUCUGUAUGUGGUGCAGUCAACAUACCCAUAUUAGUGUUGUUUCUUUUAUUCUUUUAAGUGUUUAUAUUAUUAUUAUUAUUAUUAUUAUUAUUAUUAAUGAAGAUGAAAACCUGCAGAGCACAGUGAUAUUUUACCACAAAAGGAACAUGUUUAGAUGCAAACCACCAACCCACCAAAUGGCCAACCAAACACUAACUUGAUUUUGUGUUGGGUCUUGUUCUCUUAUACUUGUGUGCCUCAAUCUGCCUCGAUUUUUACCAAGCGGUUACUCUUCUUGUUUGUGUGUUGUUGUUGUUUUUUUUUUUUUCAUGAGGGUUCAGUGAUGAAGUGGUAAUUACGUUAACACAUCUUUUUUAAAUUAUUCAGAUUUUAGGCCUUUUAUUGGCAUACGCAAUACUGUUAACCCAGUUUAAAUGUUUGAACUAUAUUUGAAUGGUUAAACAUAAAUGGCUUAGUACUGACAUUACAUAGAAUCUACUGGUCUAUAUUUGUUACUAAUGACUUAUGCAAAUCUAAAAUGUUCAAAUGGUCACUUUCUGAACAAGUUCUGCUUUACCUCAGAGUUGGCAGCAUUUACAAUGUAAAUUAAAAGGCAGCAAUUUGUGAAGUUAUACUUUUUUACCAUAUCACAAAAAUAGCCUUUUGAACUUGUGCAGUUUGCAAAGACUUUAAAUAUGACAAUCAUUGUUACAAGGCAGUACAAAGUUUACCACUGCUUUGCAUCCUGAUUGCUUCACCUUUGGUUUUUAAAUGCAUAGUUUAACAAUCGUCACUGUUCAAUGUUUUUGACUCACAGACCUUUAUUCUUUACUUGACUUUUUGCUACCCACUACACUAUCAUCCCAUUCUUAAGCAGAAAGCAUAACCCUCUCACAUGCCAACAUAACCGCAACCAAAUACUUUUUAAUCAUGAGGCAAAAAGCUGUUUGGUGUUUAAUGCUAAUGUCAAACACAUUGUUUGGGUUUACUGAGAUGUAAAAAAAUGUAAAAAUAAAAACAAAAAACACAAUUAUUUUUUUAUGCGAAGUGCCUAAAAUGUGACGCACCAGGUCGACACUAUAUUGUACUGUAUUCACCUCCCUACAGUUUCUCCUUGAAUAAAUGUAAAUACUUUG